CUCACUUUUCCGGGUCCGGUUUUCACAGGUCCUCCCUGCCUCCUGCGUAGUAAGUCAGUCGGCCGAGCGUGUUGUGGCCGCGGGUUAGGCAGUUAGUCGCGAGGCUGCGCGUUCCACGAGCGGUCCUGAACCGCGCGCCGCCUGGUCGUUACAGCGAGGCGCCGGUGGCUCCCAGGCUGGUGCGGGUCAGCCGAGGUUCGUCGGACCCCAGGACUGUGAGCAGCCACGAUGUCGAUCUUCACCCCCACCAACCAGAUCCGCCUAACAAAUGUGGCCGUGGUACGCAUGAAGCGCGCCGGGAAGCGUUUCGAAAUCGCCUGCUACAAAAACAAAGUCAUCGGCUGGCGGAGCGGCGUGGAAAAAGACCUUGAUGAAGUUCUACAGACCCACUCAGUGUUUGUAAAUGUUUCUAAAGGUCAGGUUGCAAAGAAGGAAGAUCUCAUCAGUGCAUUUGGAACAGAUGACCAGACUGAAAUCUGUAAGCAGAUUUUGACUAAAGGGGAGGUUCAAGUAUCAGACAAAGAACGGCACACACAGCUGGAGCAGAUGUUUAGAGAUAUUGCCACUAUUGUGGCUGAAAAAUGUGUGAACCCUGAAACAAAAAGACCGUACACUGUUAUCCUUAUCGAGAGAGCAAUGAAGGACAUCCACUAUUCAGUCAAUACCAACAAGAGUACAAAACAGCAGGCUUUGGAAGUGAUAAAGCAGUUAAAGGAUAAAAUGAAGAUAGAACGUGCUCACAUGAGACUUCGGUUAAUUCUUCCAGUGAAUGAAGGAAAAAAGCUGAAAGAAAAGCUCAAGUCACUGAUCAAGGUUAUAGAAAGUGAGGACUACGGUCAACAAUUAGAAAUUGUGUGUCUAAUUGACCCAGGCUGCUUCAGAGAAAUUGAUGAGCUAAUACAGAAGGAGACAAAAGGCAAAGGUUCUUUGGAAGUGCUCAAUCUGAAAGAUGUGGAAGAAGGAGAUGAGAAAUUUGAAUGACAUUCAUCAAUCUCUUCAGUUUUGAAACACUAAAUCAUAUUUCUCACCAUCUUGUUUUCUUUCUGUAGUCUGCCAAAUACUUGCUCAAAUUUUUAUGUUUUCCAUGUUUGUGUUAAAAGAUUUUGCUAAAUAAGUAUUAUAAUGUGUGGUUAAUUUAGUGUUAUAAAUUAGGGCUUUAAGUAAAAAUGAAAAAUUUAAGAUACAAAAGUCCAGAGUAGCAUUUUGCUGUCUCAUGCCUUCGUAGCUUUCCAAGGUAAAAGUUACUUGAGGCAGCUCUGUGGAAAAAAAUAAAUUUUGUACAUUAUAAUAAGAUUAAUUUGGGGAGGAUAUAUCUGUAUAACAAAAAGGGAGUAUUUGCUGAAAAAGGAAACAAUGUUUUAUUUCUACUUAAUGAAACGCAUGUAUAGGGGUAACUAUACUGUGGCCUAAUAUAAAGUUAGAUAAUGGCUUCCUGAUUAUCUGAAAAGUAGAUAUAACUGUGCAAGACUUAAAUAAUUAUUAUUAAACACGC